CCCCUUCCUCCGCUGGCUGGAGGACGAAGGCAGGGAGCCGUGAGAGGCUGGGGCUGGGAGCCGGGGCGCUGCGGGGCGCCCGUGAGCGGCGGCGGCGGCCGCGCUUCCACGGGGCGGGGGCGGCAUCCCACGGGCUGGGCGGCAUCCCAGGGAUGCAGGAGCCGCCGGGCUCUUCCCUUCUGGCAGCACGGAGACGGAGAACAGGGUUGAAAGGCAGCGGUACAAUCCGUUUCUUACCCUUUCCUUAGGAUCCGGAGCAGGCAGUCUGGGAGAAUGCUGACCGCUGGUCCUUAGCAGCGUAUCCUGAUUUCUGAGCGGUUAUAUUAAAGAAAAAUCCCCGCUUCAGACAGAGAACAAGACUGUGUGAACAGAGAGAAUACCACACCACCGCUUAAAAAAAGAGAAGAUCAAGUCUGGAGUUUCUCCGACUUCGUCUGAAAUUGUAGGCAUGAUCAAUUUGUUUAAGAAACCUUACAAGAAAAAAGCAGGCAAAUUCCAGCCUUUCAAGAAGCUCUUCGGCAAGAGGAAGAAAAGGGAGCCGGCCUCGGAUGGCGAGGAAGCCAAACUGAAGCCCAGCCACUCCUUCGGCAACGUCUGCAACGGCACCUUCUCCUCCGAUGAAGAGCCCAACGGUGGUCUGAGGUCCUCCCAUUAUUCUAUGGGCAGUCGAGCUUUUUCCCAUGACAGUAUUUUCAUACCUGAUGGGAGAACAGAGAGCGAGCAGGCCGUCCAAGCAAUGUCACAGGAGAACGUUUUAGGAAAAGUCAAAACUCUUCAGCAACAGUUGGCCAAGAACAUAAAAUUUGGGCAGCCUCCACAAAUGACAGUUUCUGCGAGGACAAUGGGGGAGGCAAACGCUGGUAUAGUAGAGGACGUGUUGCUCAGUAGCCCCAUGGAGAUCGAGACUCAGCAGGACGCGGUGAUCUCAGAGAGCGGUAAUAAAUUCAGUGACACUCCAGAUUUCUUGAGACCAAUGAAUUUGCCUGGAAUGGGACACGAGGUGGAAGAAAAGGUCACUCCGGUCAGAUCGUCUCGGCCAAAAAGACAAUUUUCCUGUUCUGGCACGAUUGAAACAAUCAAUCUGGAUGCAGUUCCCCAGGCCGUUGCUCGUCUAGACAACAGUGCAGCUAAACACAAGCUGUCGGUGAAGCCAAAAAAGCAGAGGAUGUCAAGAAAGCACAAGAGAUUAACAAAGGGAUCACAAAGUUUAACAAUAACAGAAUUUGAGCCCGAGGACCUAGAAAUUCAGCUGUAUGGAGACAGAUUCCCAGGUUAUAAUGGACACAUCAUAGCAGACAAGCUAAUCCAGAACAGAGAUGAGCAGAAGCAGCCUCAGCCGGCAGAGGAGAAAAGAAUUGAAGAUCACUGGGGGAUCUUUGAGGCUGAAAGGAUAAGGCAGAUUGUAGAAAUGGAAGAACAAAGAGAAAUGGAAGAACAAAGGUGCCAAGAACUUGAGCAGAUGCAGAAAGACCAGGAGAGAAGGCGUUGUGAAGAAGAGAAGAGGCAGUAUCUCCUUGAAGGAGAGACAUCUUUGGAAAUAGAAGAGCAGACAUGCCAUAAAGAGGAGAGAAGAGUGCUGGAGGCUGAAAAGAGGCAAGAGCUGGAGGAGCAGAGGCACCAGGAACUGGAGAAGCAGAGGCAGAAGGAGCUGGAGGAGCGACACGGAAGAGAGGUGAAGGAGCAGAAGCACCAGGAACAAGAGGAGGAACAGAAACAAGAGCCGGAGAGGCAGAAGCUCCAGGAACAAGAGGAGCAACAGAGACGAGAGCUGGAGGAGCAGAACCACUGGGAACAGGAAGAGCAGAGAUAUCAGGAUUUGGAGGAACAGAAGAGGCAAGAGCUGGAGGAGCAGAAGCUCCCGGAACGGGAGAAGAAACGUCAGGAGUUGGAAGAACAGAAGAGGCAAAAGCUGGAGGAGCAGAAGCUCCAGGAACGGGAGGAGCAGAGACGUCAGGAGUUGGAGGAGCAGAAGAGGCAAAAGCUGGAGGAGCAGAAGCUCCAGGAACAGGAGGAGCAGAGACGUCAGGAGUUGGAGGAGCAGAAGAGGCAAAAGCUGGAGGAGCAGAAGUACCGGGAACGGGAGGAGCAGAGACGUCAGGAGUUGGAGGAGCAGAAGAGGCAAGAGCUGGAGGAGCAGAAGCGCUGGGAACGGGAGGAGCAGAGACGUCAGGAGUUGGAGGAGCAGAAGAGGCAAGAGCUGGAGGAGCAGAAGCACUGGGAACGGGAGGAGCAGAGACGUCAGGAGUUGGAGGAGCAGAAGAGGCAAAAGCUGGAGGAGCAGAAGCACCAGGAAUGGGAAGAGCAGAAGCGCAAGGAGCUGGAAGAGAAACAGAGACGAGAGCUGGAGGAGAAGAAAAGGCUAGAGCUGGAAGAAUUAAGGCAACAGGAGACUGAAAAACAGUGCCAAGAGGAAGAAGAAAGAAAUUGGCUGGAGGAACAAAAAGAACUCAAGGAACAAAAUAAGGAAGAAAAACAGAGAGGAGAGCUGGAAGAGAAAGAACUUCAAGAAGUUGAAAUAAAACUGAAGCAGGAGAAAGAAGCGGAGAGCCUCAAAGAACAGAAGAAUCAGGAGGAACAAAGGCAGCAUUUGAAGGAGAAAGGAGAAAAGACAGAGAAGGAACAACCCCAGCAAGUAAUGGAUAAGAAAAAGAAACGGGAAGAGCAGAGAAAACACAAGCUCACAAAACAAAUGCACAUGGAAAGUGCAGAGGGUGUCCCACAAGAUGAACUGAAGCAGAAAAAGGAACAAAACGGACAAGAAUGGAACAAGCUGGAAGAGCAGGAGGUAGCCACAGGACAAAAUCUUCAGCAAAACCAACAAGAAAAAUCCUUGGAACAGCAACAGGACAAGGCUCAGUUGUGUCCUGCAGGGGCCUUUAUGCAUCCCGUAGAGGAGAAACUCCAAGAAGGAUCAAGACCUCAAAAACUCAAACAGCCAGAAAAAGGGAAUAAACCAGCAGAAGUCCUAGCCCAGAAACUGAAGAGAGAAGUGGAAGCUCAGGAGCAAAAGCGAAUAGGGGAAGAACUUAGGUGGCAAGAGGUAGACGAAAGACAGACUGCAUCCAGACCCUUCACCUUUCAAGUGUCUUCUGGAGAUAAACAGAUCAUAUUUCAGAAAGUUAAUCUGAGUCCAGUCAUGCCCGCCAAAGGAGAGGGACUCUCUUCUCCAUCCGUCAAAGACUACAGGAUGCACGCGUCCAGCAAGGGCUCUCACACGCUCCCGUCGUCUGUGUGCGUGCCCCAUACAGCUAUUUUGGUUACUGGGGCACAGCUGUGUGGCACAGCGGUUAACUUGAACCAGAUAAAGGACACGGCUUGUAAAUCGUUACUUGGCUUAACGGAAGAGAGAAAAAAUGUGGAUAUUCCUUCACCAGAGAAGGCCCAGAAAAAACCCCAGGAGCCCAAACCCAGCAGCAGUAAAAUGAAAUACACGCAAGAGGCACUGAACAGCCAGGCCGUACUGGCAGAGUGGGCUUCUAUCCGCUCCAGGAUCCUAAAGAACGCAGAAAACAGCAAAUAUAACGAGAGAGACCGAGUAAGCGCCUGCAGACACAGUGAUGACUGGACACCCCGAGGACGGGGUGGUCCCCACGGCAACUUGAGGAAAACCCUCUCUGCGAACGCAAAGUUCUCGAUCACCCCAGCAUGGCAAAAAUUUUCAGAAGCUUCAAAAAACAAUUUGGAGGCGGAGAAUGUAAGUGCGGCAAAAGGCAAUGAAACGGUGUCCGUGGGAAGAAUCACUGGCCCAUCCACCGAUUCGAAGGAGGAUGCGGCCCCCACUUUUAAGGAUAACUUAGCUGAAAAGGCUAAGGAGAAAACGGAACCCCGUAGUGAAAUGGCAGACAACACAGAAGGCUGUAAAUUUGCAAAAGAUCUUCCAUCUUUCCUUGUUCCGAGUUUUCCUCAUUCUCCGGGUAAAGAAUUACCCCAGGCAGAACUCCCGGGUGCUCUGGAAAACCAGCAGAACAACGGCACAAAAAAAGCAGAUAAACCAAACGGGGAAGAAAAUGUUUCUCCUUUCGGGAUAAAGUUGCGAAGGACAAACUACUCUUUACGUUUCCAUUACGAUCAACAGGCAGAGCAGAGGAAAAAGAAAAGGUACAGUGCAGGGGAUAGUUUUGAGGGUGUGCCUGACCCACUAGUCACAACAGAAGGUGAGAAAGAACCCGCUGUUUUUGCUCCCCAAGAGAGUACAUCCCCUGGCACGGGGAAAGCGAACGUCACCGGUAUUUUAAAAGACUCCAAAGACUCUCCAGUGACUGUGGUGGAGAUUUCACAACCAGCGGGCACGCCGCUGGUCCUGCCAGCCACUGGCCAGGGUGCUUUAGCCCCUCAUGAGAAACCAGCAUGCAAGGCACUGGUCCCACAGAAGCCUGCCCUAGCUCCAAAGCCCGCCAGCCAGACACCGCCAGCCUCCCCUCUCUCUAAAACCUACCGAUCGAACCCAGCGGAUGCGCCAGGGCAAAGGCUGGUUAAAGCUGAAUCCGACGGCGGCUGGAGGAAAGAAGACAGAGCAAAUGCGGUGCACCCCGCGCCACCCAACGAGUACAAAAACGAAGAGGAAGAAAUCAGAGAAAAGAAGUCCUUUUUCCCAUCUAUAAGUAUUCCAUGGAGAGAAAAAAAUGACAAAAAGCCUGAGCCACCGAAGAAAGAAAAGCCCGUCCUGCAGAGCAGGCACUCUUUAGACGGCUCUAAAUUGAUGGAAAAGGUUGAGACUUCGCAACCACUUUGGAUUACGUUAGCACUGCAAAAGCAAAAGGGGUUCCGCGAGCAGCAAGCUACGAGGGAAGAGAGGAGACAAGCCAGGGAGGCGAAGCAAGCAGAGAAGCUGGCUAAAGAAAAUGCUGCUCUAAGCAAUCAGCCAGAUAAUAAAAGCAGCAGCAGCAGCAGCAGCAGCAAACCAAGCACGCUGCAGAAAUCUACAACGCAAGAAGGGGAGAAGAAAAUCGAGACUGCUGUGUCAAGACUAGAAAGGCGGGAGCAGCUAAAAAAGUCGAACACCCUCCCAACUUCUGUGACAGUGGAAAUUUCAGAUUCUGUUCCGUCAACCCCCCUGGCAAAGGAGGUGGCCAAGAGAUUCUCCACGCCUGAUGCGAACCCUGUGUCCACAGAACCAGCCUGGCUGGCGUUAGCCAAGAGGAAAGCAAAAGCCUGGAGUGACUGUCCACAGAUCAUAAAGUAAACUGUAACAUUACAUCUCUCUUGCUCACUAUUAAUUGCUUUCUUUUUAUUUAUUCAGCUUUUUACACAAGACAAAACUGAAAAUGCAUGUAUUGAAGGACUGAAAACUGAACUGAUUACCAUUUUGCUCUAGCUCACUGUAAAGUCUACUCGAGUCAUAUAUUCCAUUGCUUUGACAAAUAGCUAAAUGAGGUCACGGCAAAGAUUUCAGAGCCAGGCCCUCUCAAAAAUUUAAGUAUGCUCAGAUACUGGAUGUAAAUUUUAGUGAGUAUCAUAAAAAGGGCCAGAACUUCAGUUCAGAAGCUCCUUAAAUUCUGUGGGUAUUCGGUUCUGGAAUUUUAGAUCUCUACACUUAAAUGGAGAUCUCAGAAAAAAUUCUUCAACACUCCAUUGUUGAAAAUUAAGGCAAGAUGCAUGUUCCCUUCUCUUAUUCCUAAUUUAUUUUUUAAGUGUUAAACUGCAAGAACUGUCAGUUCUACCUGGUAUUUGAAAGCUUCUUCCCUAAUGAAGAACUUCAGGAGGUAUCUUUCCACCUGCAAGUGAUAAGUAGAAAGACGGAACCGUCCAAACGCUGAGGUAAUUUCUUUCAUCACGGGAUUAAUACACUAUGUCUCCAUUCCCUCAGUCCUAGGAAGAAAACAAUUCAUCCUACUUAACAAAAAGACCAUUAUUUACGCAAAAGUCAGAAAGAAGCCAGGGAGCCAGUGGUUCUUCUAGUCAUUUAAGCACAUCACUCUUUGUGCUUGGCCAUAUUUAAGAUGCACAGAGACAGUGAUUGCAAAUCACAGCUUUAAGUCAGUCGACUGGAACGCAGAUUAGUACAGCUUUUCCUGUGCUCGUGUAGCUGUAGAAUCAGUCUCGGUGAGCUCCCAGAGGAGUAAGACUUUCAGAACUGAAGUUAGCGGAGAACUGAAAGCUAAGUCUGAGUGGGGUCUCAGGAGUUUCACCUCUGCACUCUCCCUCAUUUUACUCCAUGUGCAACUGCAGGUACCUCAGACCAUAACUUCCUGUACUUUGACCAAUACAGCCAGAACACUUCAGAAAGGAGUUUACUUACCCCAUCUCAGGUAUCUGCUGCGGCAAUUGAACACUUUAUUACUUCUUGUAACUAAAAUAGAAAUCUUCACCCCCUCCCUCUUACAAAAAAGGAUAAAGUCCGUAAUGUAAUAAAAAUUUUACUGUCCCAAACACCUCGCAGAAAUAGCUGGCUCUACACUUUAAAAAGUCACCCUAGUAUAAAAAUCUGUAACACGCCCGAGUUUGUUUCACAAGGAAGUCUUUAACAAAUUUGAACAUCUCCUUCUUAUAACCAUAAGGCUCCAAGGAACCUUUAAGCCUACAACAACAUAAAGGGAGAGAUUUUCAUGAGAAUAAAUUGCAUCGGUAGAGAAUGAUACCACAUAUGUUUCAUGGAAGUACUUCAGCCAAACUGCUGUACGCAGCAUGAGGAGCAGCACUUUAAAUUAUGCACAAAACAGAAUGAAACCUGCCGGAUCCUCCCGUUCCAAGAACUAAAAAGGGCUUGUCCGCAGAAGUCAUUAUUGAACACGCUAUUUCCCACCAAACAGAAAGCAACGCUGCAGUAUCAUGGUUACAAUAGCACAAACACAACAAACACGUUCAAUUGAGCGGAUGUGCAGCAGCAAGAUUGGGCUUUUUGGGUCUCAAGCCACCAGUUUUGCUCAGUUUCAUAUUUAAAACCAGAAUCUCUAAAGUAGCUUUUUACCCUUAAUGUAAGUGUUUAAAACGUUUUAUAGAGAGAUGGGUCAAUGCUGCUCUCAAACGCUUGGGAAAAAAACAUACUUAAUGCCUCCAAAGUCCAAUCUCUACACAAGCUUAUCUGAAAAAAGAAUUGUGCCCAUAAUUAUUUUUGCUCCACUAGCACCAUAAAUUAAUGCUCGUUAAGUGAAAUUUACACUUUUUCCGAGUUUAUAAGCUUGUAGUAUGUAUUUGUAAUUACAAGAACUAAACUGCCUGAAAUCCAUCUUUAUGAUUCUUUCUUGGGAGAAGGAGCCAGGCAGAAAUAUCGAGAAGGUGAAGUAAUUUGGGAUUAAAGAAUUAAAGAUACCGGUAUUCUGAAAAGCAUAGCAAAAUUAGGUGCUAUUGCGCAUGACGUAAGGAUGCAAUUUUCCAAUACAAUACAUUUAGAGCACAUAGAAUAGAACUUUCAUUAAGGAUGGUCUUAAUCUAAAGCUUCAAAGCAGAGGUUUUUUCCAACCAUAAAGGUAUCUAGUGUAAUAAUGGAAACUGUAUUAUGUACAGUACUUGGUGGAAACAUUUCUGAAGUGUACAUGUUCAACAGUGACAUUUCAUGUUAAAUUAACAAAAAUUUGCACUAAAGACCAAUGAAGUGAAGUGUUACUUUGCUUUAGCUUUGUUGCAACCGUUUCUGAUAAAGUGUUGGAAAUCUGUAAAAAUAAAACCAAAACAUUACUACCGAGUUUGAAACAGCAAAAAUGUUUUAAGAACCGAACAAACCACUAUGUAGUAUAUUGUCUCAAUUUUUUGUAACUUAUAAACACAAAAUACCAUUUCUUCUGACAAGGUUAUAUACGAUUAACCUCUAUGUUCAUAUAGUAAUGUAUAAAAACUAUAAGAUGUAUAAUUGUGGGGUA